UCGGCCCAACGAGACGUCUGGACGCAACUGCUUUCAUCCUCCAUUUAUAAAUUAUUUAUUUCUUUGUCACCGUGAGAAAUAAAGUGCCAGUGUGGAGCAGGGACAGCAGCAGCUCCGCAGCACUUGCAGCGGUGGAUCGCCGGAGACGGAGCGCUCUCACUCACUGAGGGGAUAAGUUGAGCGGGAGACGCCGCUGACCUGCGAGCAUCCUCCGGGGAAACUGUGCAUUUGACUCGCUUAACGAGCGUCAGUUUCCAUCUCUUCACCGCUGAUCAUUUGUUGCUGUCGUGGCUGCGUUGUCCAGCGGUCCGAAGGCUGUGCACGGCAGCGCACUGACGGAUACAGAGACCACGAGGAUCACAGUUGUGAGAGAAAUGUGGGUCCAAGACCACCAGCCUCGUCCUCUGAAUAUUUUGGUACUGUGUAGUUUGUUCCCUGUUGAAACCAGCUUGAGGGCCACCCAUUGCUCAGCCCUGAUGGAGAGUACAGCAGAGCAGCAGGAGCAGCAGUCGCAGCAUUAACUGCAUGACAGCUAGUAACAGCUGUUAAGGUGGAGAGCUGCAGCAGUGUUAUCGAUGGACAGGCUCACACCUGAGAUGUGAACUGUGUUAUGUGAGCCAAGGUGUUUUCCCACCUCGCUGGUGGUGGGGAGAGAUGCUGCACUACGUUGCCAUGACAGCAGAAGUUUUCUUUGUUCUCGGGUUCCUGAUGAGCAGCGCUCAGUGUAACCCUAUAGCGACCUUACCAGCAAGCCGAGAGCGUCUAGAAAGGGUGUUGACCCAAGCCAGGGAGGACAAACAUCAGGAGCAGCAGGCCCCAGAGGAGCUCCUGGGAUACGGCUCUCAGCAGCAGCAGCAGGAGGAAAUCAAUGCCUUAGGCCCCAACAAGACCACCGUCAGCCGCUCCAGGCCCAACCUCAACGCCCAGACACGAAAACUGAAGGGCGGGAAGCUUCAGGAGCAGUGGAGUGAAGCAGACAGCCUGAACCAAAUAGACGAAGGGCCCACCAGUGACGUCACGCUGUCCCUGGACGCCAUCGACGAGUAUGCUUACCCAGACUACCGGGGGAAGGGAUGCAUGGAUGAGAGCGGCUUUGUGUUUGCCAUCGGCGAGCAGUUCACUCCGGGCCCCUCGACAUGCCCUUGCCUCUGCACAGACGAAGGCCCGAUGUGCUCCAAGCCAGAAUGUCCCAAGGUUCACCCUCGCUGCAUUAAAGUGGACACUAGCCAAUGCUGCCCGCAGUGCAAGGAGAAAAAGAACUACUGUGAGUUUCGGGGGAAGAUCUACACCUCUCUGGAAGAGUUUCAGGUAUCUCCGUGUGAGAAGUGUCGGUGUGAGCCAAGCGGAGAGGUGUUGUGCUCUGUGUCAGCCUGCCCUCAGACAGAGUGUGUGGAUCCAGAGUACGAGCCGGAUCAGUGCUGUCCCAUCUGCAAGACUGGGCCCAAUUGCUACGCAGACACAGCAGUGAUACCGGCCGGCCGAGAGGUGAAGAUUGAUGAGUGUACAAUCUGCUACUGCACAUAUGAGGAGGGCACAUGGCAAAUUGAGCGUCAGGCCACCUGCAGUAAGAACGAGUGCCAGCAGAGCUAGAGACUGGCAGGGUGAGAGGGGACAUUGGCACACAGCACCAGCGCCAAUCUGCAUGAAAACUCCCCGGCCUUUCAACCAUUCUACCGGACAUCAGGGUUGACAGCAGCCCCUGAGCAUUUUAGCGUUUAUAGUCACUCCUGUAUAACGGAAAAAAAAAAAAUCAACUUUUUUGAGAGUUUAUAAUCUACACACAGAAUAUCUAUUUAUCUAUGUAUUGAUUUAUUUAUGAGCAUAUAUAUAAAGGUCAUUAAUGCUGAACUAGUGAGAGAGUAUUUUUUAUAACCUCUGUAUUUUAAUAACUAAUGUAUUGGACCAGAGGUCAUUUAAACAACAGAAUGUAUAGAACACACACAGCUGUCUUUGGAGGUGAACACCUCAAUGUCUCAUACGUGGUGUCAUCUGCCAAAUCAUGACACCUGUCCCUCUUACACCAAAGUGCAGACUGGACCAUGUGCGAUCCGUUCAGGAGUGAUGGGUAAGAAUCGGCUGUGUAGGACAAAAAGAAGGACAUUCAGCAGGACUCGACUGUUUCCUGAUUUCUUUAUCUUUGGGUUGUUGAAACGUGUUUUCAUUUGGGAGUGCUUUUUUGUAUUUCUCUCGUCUCUCUGUAUGUUUAUGUUUCAAAUCAAUAAACAAAUGAA